CGACCCUUUAGCUGGGGCCCAGAGUGGGAGGAAUAUCUGAAUGCGGUGCGCUGUAGUGAACCAGUUUCGACGACGGUCAUCGACCUGUAUUGAAUCUACCACGGAGUCAGCAACCACGGUCGAGGUCGAGUGAGGGUUACCGCUUUCAGCCCUGAUGUGGUCGAGGUUGCAGUGGGGCUCCGCUUGACAGACACCUGUCAUCUUCACGAUUGCACAAACUACGACGAGUCAUUGGGCAAACACGACUCAUCUGAUCAUUCUGACAACAUGUUCAGCUUUUGCUGAUUAUUCAUAGAUUCAGCCAAACUCGAUGCGAUCUUUGAAUGACGCCCAGUCGAUCAAAAUGAAAGAUCGGCGGUAUAUAGCGUGCAGCAUUUCGAUGCAAGCACACAAGGCAGAGUAGGGACUGAAUCUUCUCAUUGACGAACUUACUACAUUUCUUUCUUGACAGUUUAUCACGUUCAUUGAAGACCACUAUGACCCACAAAUUGCCGAGCUUCCCCAUCAAGGGAAUAUCCGACAAGAGCGAUGUCCAGCCAAGGCAGGACUUGGCUGCUUGGUCCAGCUCCAUCAAUGUGGAGAGUAAGGUACAAGUUUCCCUCUUCCUCCGGGCGCUGGACAAGCUCCAGAAGAGAGACCCCGUGAAUGAUCAGCUCUCCUAUUUUCGACUUGCCGGAAUUCAUGGUGCGCCCAGCCAGGCCUGGGACCAUGCUCCAGAUCCCGAGCAAGACUUCAAGGGGACCAGCGGAUACUGCCAUCACAAUGAUUAUUUGUUUCCCACCUGGCAUCGUCCGUACAUGCUGCUCUAUGAGCAAUGUUUGCACCAUAUCAUGAUCCACGAAGUGAUCCCAGAAAUCACGGAUGCCCGUGCCAAGAAGCACUGGACCGAGGCUGCGAACUGCUGGCGUCUCCCUUACUGGGACUGGGCGAUCAAACAACCCGACACCAACGAAUAUGGCCUCCCUAAAAUCUUGUCGGACGAGGUUUUUGAGAUUCUGGAGCUGGGAUCCCGCACCAAGACUGAUCCGAAUUUCGGUGAUAACCCGAUGUUCAAAUUCGUGAACCGAGUAAGGAAUCAGCAGGACAAACUGGUGCCCACCCCCAUGGGAGAUCCGGUGAUGGGAAAGUAUGCGAUCACAUUUGAGGGAACUAAGCUCGGGGAUAUUCCAGUCAAGUUUGGCGAAGCAGCCGGCACCAGCCGCUAUGCGGAUAGCACCGACAAACAGCAAUGGGUGCCAGGCUAUGACCUCAACGAGAAGGUUGGGGAGGCGAUCGUCAAGCACCAGUGGAUGGGCGAGGAUCCCAGCACUACGACAAUACAGGCGGUGGUCUCGCGUCUGCUAAGUGACUCAUACUUUCAAGAGUACGAGCCAUUUGCUUCGACCAGAUAUUCCCAGACGCAUCCCGCCGAACACGUCAAGAACGUGUUGCCAACGGAGCAUCUGUCCCUGGAGAUGGUGCAUAACAACAUCCACGAGUGGUCGGGGGGAUCGCAGCGGGAUGACGCUGGUGUACCCACCCAAGGGCACAUGGCGAAUGUCCCGGUGUCCUCAUUUGAUCCGGUCUUCUGGAUGCAUCACUGCAACGUGGAUCGUCUCCUAGCGAUCUGGCAGUACCUCAACCCCGAUAAAUGGCUGAAUGAAGCUGAUGGGCUGUCAAAAAACCUGGAACCCUUUUCCACGGAUCAUCACAGAACUCCUUGGAACUCCGUCCUAGCCAGACCGUGGGAACAGUAUGGCUACAGUUAUCCGGAGCUGGUGGGCAACCCCAAGCGGGAGGAUCUCAUCCAGGCCAUCCAAGCCAAGUACGGCGCGCCUGUAAAGCAACUGCGGCCUGCGCAAGGCAAACACUCGCUACCGGGGAUCAGCCAUGAGACAUUCCAGGACUACAUCAUCAACCUUAUCUAUGAUCGCAACGCCUUGGACGGAUACCCGUACAAAAUCAGCUUCGCCCUCCUGGUCGAUGAGAGAACCCACCUCCCCGUCGGCGAGGUCUACAACUUCAGCACCCCGCUAGACUCCGAUUGUGGAAACUGCCAGACUCAAAAGAAGGAAGGGGUGCUCUCCAAAGCCCAGGUGCCGAUCACGCUGCACCUGCACGAAGCAGUGCGUCGCCACAGCGGGGUUAUCCGCGCGGUGAACUACACCCCUGACGACGAGCCGGGCUUGCGGCCGGAGUACAUGCAGCAUUUCCUCGAGGGGGCGCUGAUCUGGACGGUGACGACGAAUGGCGGACAAGUGAUUGAGCUGGAUGACUUUCCUGGUCUGGAGGUCACCGUGCUGACUGCAGAGGCGCAGUUUAGCGAAACGCACGCGGCACGUUACCAGCCUAACAAAUACGAGAUCUUGCACCGGGCGACUCAUGGCAAGCCCAGGGGAAGACGGCAUCCACACCAUCGAGAGCUUUGAGAUUGCACUAAACUACUUCUUUGGUGUGAACUAGACAUUAAUCAUAACCAUUUGUUC